AUGGACACACCUGCCCCAACCGGGAAGGGGAUGGACACACCUGCCCCAACCGGGAAGGGGAUGGACACACCUGCCGCAACUGGGAAGGGGAUGGACACACCUGCCCCAACCGGGAAGGGGAUGAACACACGUGCCCCGACCGGGAAGGGGAUGGACACACCUACCCCAUCCGGGAGGGGGUUGGACACAUCUGCCACAACCGGGAAGGGAAUGGACACACCUGCCCCAACCGGGAAGGGGAUUGACCCACCUGCACCAACCGGGAAGGGGAUGGACACACCUGUCCCAACCGGGAAGGGGAUGGACACACCUGCCCCAACCGGGAAGGGGAUUGACACACCUGCCCCAACCGGGAAGGGGAUUGAACCGGGAAGGGGAUGGACACACCUGCCUGAACCGGGAAGGGCCACUGACAACAACCGUUACAACAGUGAUAUAAAUGGUGACAGUGUUGACAAUGUUGACAAUGAUGACAGUGGCGACAAUAAUGACCCUGAUGGCAAUGGUGACACUGAUGGCAAUGGUGAUAGUAAUGCAAAUGGCGACAAUGAUGACACUGAUGACAGUGUUGACAGUGAUGACGUUUCUUACAAUGAUGAAAAUGAUAACAUUGAUAAGAAUGAUGACAAUGGUGACAAUGGAGACAUUGGUGACAAAAAUGACUAUGAUGACAGUGAUGGCAAUAGUGGCAAUUAUGAUAAUAGUGACAGUGAUGGCAACGGUGACAAAGGUGACAAUGAUAACUAG